AUGUCGUCGCUUCCCGAUCUGGAUACAUUCUACAACUGGAAAGCACGCGACCGAAUGCACAACCACAUUUCUUCAACUUCCAAGGCUAAGGUGUUCCCUAAGCAGAGUACCUCUCUCGACAGCUGGUUUAGACCAAGUGAAGCCUUCAGUGGCCCACCUGCUACCCCACGCAACACCCUUCACCUGAACGAGCAGGAGCACCAAACAUCAAGCAAACGUCAGAAGCUUGCCGGCGAUGACGAAGAAUAUGAUUCAAUACUCGAGACACCCGCUUCCUCAAGCGUUCCAAGCUCGCUGUUGCAUUCCAAAGCACUCUCUCAAGACGAUGCGAUUCGCCUUUUACGGACCAUUGCCAACGAUCAAUCUGGCACUAUUUUCACCGAUAGCCUGUCCCCAGCUAUCAUCUCUGUUGCCUCCAAUACCCCGAAUGGGCUGUCUCUCCAGUCCAUAUCCGCCGCGAUCUUGAUGCGCCUCUCGCCUUCGCGCCGACACGGAUCAUCACUCGCACUUGCAACCCACCCGGAAAGGGUUGUUCCCCCAUCUCCUUCGUCAACCAAGAUCCUGAGUCCUAUGGCUAGCUCUCUUGAACAAGAAAGCCAAUCAUUAACAACGGCGAUUCGUACACAUUCAGUACACCCUCCGCAGACAAAUACUUGA